AUGAGCAAUAAUUUCUUAUCGAAGAUAGACCUUCAACAAAGUUUGGCUUACAAAUAUUCUCAAUAAGAUACUUACUAUUAUACAAAGUCUUUAAAUGAAUACAUUGAUAAUGCCAGAUUAGCACAUGUGAUUAAUUUUCAUUAUGAAACUAAUUUCAAUGAAGAAAGUGAAUAAUUAAGAAGAACAUACAAUAUUCGUAUUUAAUUUUGCAUUAUUUUAGAUGAAAUAGCUACAAAGCUGCCAUUAUUAACUGAAUAUUAUAAGUACCAUAAUGAGAUCCCAAGAUGCUUCCUACAUAAGUUGGCUGACAUAAUGAGUAGGUAAACAUAAGAGCUUAAUUAUUGUAGUUAUCAUGAUAAGAAAAGGAGGAUCGAGUAUUUUAGAAUUAAGAGAAUGAUUGAAAAAGAUAACAAAUCAAAUCCAAAUUAACCUAAAAAGAAAAUCGUCGGAGAAGAACCAGAUGAUACAACUACAUAAAAGUCUGGGAGACAAUACAGUAAUGUCUUGAAUGAUAUUACUGAAGUAUCAAAAACAAUUGAUAAAAUACAAACUAAACUCAAUUCCAUUAAAUUAAAUGUGGGAGAUCUCUUAUUAAUGCCCUCCAAUCGAGAAUAAGAUCAAUUAGAUAAGUUUCUUAAAUAUCUUACUGAAAAGAAAUACAAAAAACAGAUGCACAUUACAUAAACGCCUAACUCAGUAUCUCUCAAAUUGCCUAUUGGAUUAUCCCAGAAAACAAUCAAAUAGGUCUUGUCAAGAAAGAUGAUUAACUAAUAAUCUACUUAAAUUACUUAGUAAACAAUAAGUUCUAAUAAGUCAACCAAGUAAUAAUCCCUAUAUCAAUAACCCUUUUAAAUUCAAUCUUCUCCCAGAAUAAAUAUAAAGUAACUACCAAAACAAAUAGGCUCGUUUACAUAAAGAGCAGUCAAAGAAAAUGCCUUAUCUAAAUUAUUAUCUCCUCUAUAAGUUCAGAUAUUCAAUACAAAUAGUUAACAUUCAAAUAAAUGCAAAACUAGUAUUUCAAUAUCUAAAUAAUUUAAAAUUACUGAUUCUGUUAAAUCUUCUAUAAGAUUACAUUAACACACCAAAUCUGACUUUAAAUUCUUCAAAAAAUUAUGA